AUGACAGACCUAGCACGAAACCAGCUUACAACAGGAAUAAUACCUUCUCAAGCAGCUGAUAUUUUACCUUAUGGAGUGUUUGAUGGAAGUCACAUUCCAAACUGCUCAGAAGGUGACCAGCAUACAUAUCCAGAAGAGAGUGGGAAAUAUGAUUUAGAUACCGUGUCUGUAUUUGUUGCCAAGUUAUAUCAACUUCUCGACGGCGAUGAGUAUAAAGAGUAUCUCACUUGGAAUGACAGCGGAGACGUAUUUGUGAUAUGCAACAUGGAUGAAUUCGCAGCAAACGUGUUACCAAAGUUUUUCAAGCAUUGCAAAUUUACUUCUUUUGUGAGGCAAUUGAAUAUCUAUGGUUUCUAUCGCGUAUCUGACGCCCGAAAAUCAAAACAUGUACGCUCAAAGCACGCUUGCGUCUUUUCCCAUCCCCAGUUUCGUCGUGGUCGACAGGACCUGCUUCCUCAUAUCCGUCGCCGAGUCUCAAAACCUACACGCCGGCGCCCACCGCGAACCAACGAAACAGAUACGUCUUUCGGAGUUACAACAGGACCCAAAAGCAGCGCAAGCAAGGAGAGUAGUAUGACGUGUUCCUUUAAUAGUGAGAAUGGAAAAGAUAAAGAGCGAGCAGGAGAAGAAGGACAGAUGAGGGAAAGGAUAAAGGACUUGCAGGAAGUUACGGAAAACUUGAGGAAAGAUUUGAAACAAAUGAACAGUAUUGUUUCGGAUAAGUUAUUGCCAGAGGUGAAGAAUCUUGCCGAUGGUUUACAUAGGCAUCAGCAGCAUUUGGUGGCCUUGACGCAGUUGGUGACUGGGAAUUUUCCCGAAGGUACCACAAUACUGCACGAGGCCUUGCGUAAUUUGAAACAUACCCAUCCAAUACCGUCACCAACCCUUCACGAUACACGGGCUAAGCGCCUACGCCUAGACACCACAAUGGCCACCACUCCGACAAUCAAGUCCGAGUCACCUCUGCAAACAAACCUCUCGACUGCAGCUUUAUCCCCACCAAUCCCUUACUCUAUUUACACGUCCAUGCCAGAAAGCUAUAAAAACGACGACCUGCAGAAUCAAAACCACAAUGAUCACAAUCUAAUGUCCAGCAAUUCACCGUCGCUCGGAAACACUGGGAUGGAAAACGCGGGUGCACCAAUGACAAUGGAGUCGCACGCAUACAACCAGAUGAUUAGCGAAUAUCCGCAAUUAUCACCGCAACAAACCAACGCCGGUGCUCACCCAACCUUGGGUUAUAGCGAUUCCUGGGGAUCAACCACGACAACGGUAAUGCUUUCAGAUACUUAUGCGAUGUUCCCACCUCAAUCCAGCCACUCUCCUGUUCUCUAUUCACCAUCCCAACCAACUCCCGCUACGGCCGCAUCAACAAGCCAGACCACACAUUCUUCAACUUCGCCAUCUCUCCAAUCUAACCAUAUACAGCCGCAUCGAUCGCCUGUUCCGUCCAAUUCUUCACCGCAGCUAUCGUCUCAGUCGGUACACCAACAACAACCCUCGCCAACACCUACGAUAGCGUUGUCGCCAACAGGGUUUGUAGAUGCUUCACCUCGCAACGAACACUUGUUGAGUGCUCAGGGGAAGCGAGGAAGCAUAAGUGGACAUGCGUCACCCGGGCAUGAAGAUUUACAUGUUGGGGCGCCGUCGCCUGCAUCGCCCGUCUCAUCACCUCCGGAAGACUCUUCCGGUUACCCUCGGGAUUUACAGGUCAGGGCAAUAUGUAUCUUUCGAAAGGCCAUUACGUCAUCACACUCGGAAGCUCCUCGGGAUUUCAGGAAAGAUUCGAUGGUGGAAACUCGCUCACGCAAGCGCACACCAUCUUUGGUAAAUACGGAACCUGUUCGGUCAAAGCGCAUAAAGAAACGCAGCGCAACCCAAAUAGUAGCCAGGGCAAAGUCUGAUGCAAUAUCAGUCAACCUCCAGACCCAGGAGGUUCUGAACAAGGCAAAAAAAAGCAGUGCAGGAGCGUUUGCUGAGCCACAGCCAUCAUAUGAACAAUUGCACCAGAAUUUGGUAAAAUUGUCGUCAAAUAAACGUGCAGCUAUAUCAACGAAAUAUUUUCGAGUAGAAGAAUAUGAAGACGACGAUGUUUUAAUGGGAAUUACUGUGCCUGCUGUGCGUUCUAUAUCAAAAGACAUGGGAUUCUUUGAUUACCCUCUUCUUAAGCAGCUUAUCCUAUCUAAAUAUCACGAAGAAAGAUUACUAGCAUUAGUUGACAUUGUAAAUAGAUACAAGAUCAUGCAAAGUGUUGGGAACGAUGACGAGAAAGAGAGCAUCUUCCAUUUCUACGUUAACGACAUGCGGAAUGGUGUUAAUAACUGGGAUCUCGUGGAUACUUCCGCUAAACAGAUUGUUGGAGCGUAUCUGCAUGAAAAGCCUGAACUGAAGCAGCAUUGGUUGUACGACAAUUUUGCCAAGUCUGAUAGGUUAUGGGAUCGGAGAAUUGCCAUGGUUGCUACUCAUUACUUCAUCGCCGAACGCCAAUUUGAUGACACAUUGAGAUUGGCCGAGACGUUUCUUAGCGAUCCAGAAGACUUGUUGCAUAAGGCUACUGGAUGGAUGCUGAGAGAGAUAGGCAAGCAGGAUAAGAAGGUGCUCGUGAAAUUUUUAGAUAAUCAUGCAGCAAAGAUGCCCCGUGUAAUGCUUAGAUAUAGUAUCGAGAAGUUCUCUCCAACGGAGCGCGUUUGUGAGUAUCUUAUAUCGUCGGUAUACAAGACAAUUGCGCUUGCAUCUAUAACAUUUGUUACAGAUGAUAAUGAAGGUCGCAUUCUACAAUCAAGCGUUUUAUCUACUCAAUUAUCGUCUUCUUCAAAGGUGUAUGAUGAUGAUGAUGACUCCUAG